GUUGGGAGAAAGUUGGUAGAGUGCAGUUCACAAUAUUCUCUGUGGUUUGCAGCACAGCUGAACGACGUCUCUUUGAAUCUUUUGGAUCAUAGACGGUCAUUCGGCGAAAACUGUGCUAUGGUGUGUGCGGUGAAAAACUAGGUGAACUGUUUUCCGAAGUUCCUCGUUUAAAUUUGUUUAAAUUUUUGAGAAAACAGUGUUUUGGACCCCUCCGUAAUUUGUGUAUUUGAUACAUUUCUUUUGCCACAAAAUAAAUUCACCUAUUUACUUACGCUUCGAAACAAGUGCUAACCCAUAAAUUAAGGACAAUUUUGCGCUUCUUGUCGGAGCGUCUCUGUAUUUGACGUACAAUGCAGAAUCACAGUGAAAAUAUCAACUCGGAGUUCAUUGCGAAAAGCGCAGUAGAUUAUGCUCCAAACGAUUCUGAUUCUCGCAAUAAUCAGAAAGUGCAAGGUAAUGCAGCCAGUAGUGAUUUCAUUUUAAAUGAGCUGACGUCGAAUGUGUCAAAUGCUGAAGAGGAAAAUAAUUUCUGUGAUGUGAACGAAAAAUCCAGUAACCAAGAUCUGGAAGAAAGGGGGUCAUGUAAAUCUGAAAAAGAUACGGACAGUACAAAAAAUGUUGAUGAAAAAUCAUCUGUUCGUAGUGAUGUCAUUCCAGAAGGUUCAAAUGAUAAAUCAACUACUUUAGAAAAUGAAGAAAAUGAUGAAUGGAUGGAUAUUUUAGGUAGUGGCCAAUUGAAGCGAAAAAUUGUGAAACGAGCUGAGAAUACAUUUCGACCUCAAAGUUCUUUUAUAUGUGAAAUAAAUCUUGAAGGACAAUUAGAGGAUGGAACAAUAGUUGAUAAAUUUGAACAUCGGAAAAUUCAAGUAGGGGAUGCUGAGCUAAUACAAGGAUUAGACUUAACACUUCCAUUGAUGGAUGUUGGCGAGGAAUGCUUGGUGGAAGUAGCUCCUAGAUUUGCAUAUGGGACUCAAGGACGAGCUCCUGAUAUACCUCCAAAUUCAAAAAUUACGUAUAGAAUUGAAUUAUUAAGUGCUGAACCAGAACCUGAAUUAGAAACAAUUCCUAUUGCCGAAAGGAAGCGAAUAGGAAAUGAGAAAAGAGAACGAGGAAAUUGGUGGUAUGCUCGCCAAGAUUAUACCUUUGCGAUUCAGUGUUACAGACGAGCCCUAGAGUUCUUGGAUGAUGUAGAAGGGGGUAUAAGUCACUUGCCCAAAGAAGAGGAUCAGAGAUUAUCUGACGAGCUACAAAACCUUUUUGAAGAUCGCCUAAAAGUGUACAACAAUCUUGCUGCUGCUCAAAUGAAAAUCAAAGCUUAUGACACUGCAUUGCAGUCAGUUGAAAAUGUACUCCAUUGCCAACCAAAAAAUGUCAAAGCUCUUUUCCGGAAAGGAAAGAUUUUGGCAGCAAAAGGAGACAAUGCAUCUGCUGUAGCAGUACUCAGGUCUGCCAGCCAACUUGAGCCUGAUAACAAAAUUAUAAAGCAAGAAUUGCUUCGGCUAGUGUCCCUACGUAAUGAGGAUUCAAAGAAUGAAAGAAAUCUCUACAAAAAGAUGUUAGGGCAGGAGAAGAGUACAGCUAGUAGUACCAAAGGAUCUUCUAAGUCUUAUCAGAUUCGUUGGGGUAUUGUUUUUGGAAGUGUAGCUGCAGUUGUAGCAGGCAUGGUGGCAUAUCGUUACAAGUUCCUCUAACGGAGAUGCAAAAAUUAUUUACACAAGGAAAAUCUGAACUUGGUUUAGUGAGCCAGUGUCAUUCCUAGUGCAUAAAGCUGCUAUAUAUAGCUCAUUUUUACAAUUGCAUUGACUUCUCAGAAAUUUAUAUUGUUGAUAUUGUUAUAAAUAUAGGUAUUGUAAAUGAAUUGUUUUGUGUAUUAUUAUUUACCUUACUUUGUACAUUUUUUACUAAAGUGUGUAUUGAGUCAUGUCAUAGUGUAUAUUACAUUUUCAAAGCUGCAUCAUUUGGUGGCAGUGCAUCUAUAGUAAUGUUUAUUUGGGAAUGGUUUGUAGACACAGUAGGUUAUGACCAAUAUUGGUAUAACCUCUGAAAGUAUGCAAUAUAUUUAUUAAAUUGGAGACUGAUUUUGAUUUC